ACCUGCUCCAGGCCAUGCCGCGGACCGAGUUCGCGCGCCUCAACGGCGACGUGCGGCUGCUCACGCCCGAGGCGGUGGAGGGCUGGUCGGACCUGGUGCACUGCCCCUCGCAGCGCCUGCUCGACCGCCUGGUGCGCCGCUACGCCGAGACCAAGGACUCGGGCAGCUUCCUGCUCCGCAACCUCAAGGACUCGGAGCGCAUGCAGCUGCUGCUGACCCUGGCCUUCAACCCCGAGCCGCUGGUGCUACAGAGUUUUCCAUCUGAUGAAGGUUGGCCAUUUGCAAAGUACCUUGGAGCAUGUGGAAGAAUGGUGGCUGUAAAUUAUGUUGGAGAAGAACUGUGGAGUUACUUUAAUGCACCAUGGGAGAAACGAGUUGACCUCGCUUGGCAAUUAAUGGAGAUAGCAGAGCAGCUUACAAACAAUGAUUUUGAAUUUGCACUCUACCUCCUGGACGUCAGCUUUGACAAUUUUGCAGUUGGUCCUAGAGAUGGGAAGGUAAUCAUUGUGGAUGCUGAAAAUGUUUUGGUUGCGGACAAAAGAUUAAUUAGGCAAAAUAAACCUGAAAAUUGGGAUGUAUGGUAUGAAAGCAAAUUUGAUGACUGUGAUAAGGAGGCUUGCUUAUCAUUUUCAAAAGAAAUUCUUUGUGCUCGUGCCACUGUGGACCACAAUUAUUAUGCUGUUUGUCAGAACCUCUUAUCCAGACAUGCCACAUGGCGUGGCUCUUCUGGAGGACUCCUUCAUGAUCCACCAAGUGAAAUUGCCAAAGACGGCCGACUCGAGGCCUUGCUGGAUGAGUGUGCAAACCCAAAGAAGCGCUAUGGCAGGUUCCAGGCUGCCAAAGAACUGCGAGAAUAUUUAGCACAAUUAAGUAACAAUGUGAGGUAGUCUCUGAUGAACUUCUUUUUUUCCUUUUCUCCAUUUAAAUAGCACUGUCUAAAACUAAACCACCAAAAACUGUCUGGAAAAACGAAAUUUGGAAGUGUUACAUUCUGGGGAUGAUAAACUUGCACUGAUAGAUCUUAUGUUAACAUCCAUCAAAAUAAGACAUUACUUCAAAAAUCACAUGAUGCUUCUGCAAAUAAGUAUGUUCUUAUACUUUGGAGACUUGAGCUGUCAUUGACUGCUUGUGUGCACCCUACCCCCCACUCCCCAUCGCUAAGUGGAUUUAUGAAUAUUGUUAAGCUAUUGGAAAUGAGUCUGAUAGUUACAUUGGCUUGUGUAUCAAAGAGUAUUUGGUACUUAGUUUGCAUUACUAUCAUGAUUUUGUGAAUCUCUUGCAUUUACUUUGAAUAUCAAGUUAGAUUGGCCUGUUUUAUAGGCCUCUUUUUCCUUCUGAUGUGUAAGGGUUUUUUUUCCAUUUUUAUGUUUUUUAUUAAAUUUUACACAUUCAGGUUACUAUAGGUGUUCAUUUGAAUUUUGACUAGUUUUCAUUCAGUGCUAUGCGGUACAUAUUUACUGUUAGGGCAGGAUUCCCAGGUUUACUGUUUUUUUUAGAAAGCUGACUAUUUUAUUAUGUAAAUACUUUUUUUCACUACCGUCUGUGGUUUCACCAUUGCAUGAUGUCAUUUCAGGUUAUUUAUCAGUUACAUCCCUCUAUGCCAAUAAUUAUUAGUGUAUACUAAACAUGAAGUUUGGCAUAUGUUACAAAAUGUCAUUUUGUCCUUUACUCCUAAAGUCUUUAAGAAGAGUAUAUUAGCAAUCUACACCUUGAUAUUAAUUUUGGUUCAGGAAAAAAUAAAACCCAGUAUUUUAAAAAUGCUAACUAGUCUAAGAUAGUAAUGCAUAUGCCAAAGAAGUAUUAGACCUUAGUCCCAUGUUUAGAAUUUAAAAUAGAAUUGGUCUCCUACUUAUUCUUACUAUCCUACUUCCAAAAUUUUAGCUGUCAUUAUUAAAUUCAGAUUUCCCUAGUUAUUCUUUGAAGUUGAAAUUAAACUGCUGCUUUCAAGAAUAUGUAGAGAUAUCCUACCUUUUAUUCAUUGGUAGUUUUACAAAAUUAAAAUGGCAGUCAUGGGUUGAGUUUAAUCAGGCGUCAUAACCUUUUAUUUAUUGAUGGACUAGUAAGUUUUACUGUAAAGCAGACAGUUCAGCUGGUCUGCCCACCUUGGUCUUAUUUACCCAAUUGUUAAACAUCAGAACAUCAAAUUUAAGUAUGUGGAUAAAAAUGAACAAGUGUGUGAAAUUUGUGGGCUAUUUAAAAAAUGUUACAGUAUGUAAAUUGACUAUCACUAGCAUAGGUAAUAUUUUUCUGUUUGAAGUUAUUACUUUUGUUUAUAGCAAAGUUUGGUGUAGUAUACAGUAGUUAGUUCUAGACCUUAUUCUACAUCAGAAAGUGAUUAAAAUUUGUACAACCAAAGCCACAGGUUUUUUUAUUCAUUCAGCAACUAUUUAUUGAGCAUCAAUUCUGUGCCAGGUGUGUUACUCGCUGCUCCACACUGUCUGAACUUGACAUAUGGUUAAGUAACUUUACAGUGAUUAUCAAAUGUAGGGAUUUCUUAAGUUGAAAUAGUAUGACUUAAAUUAGGAUGAUACUUUUACGUUAUUUUACUGUUGUGAUGGAAAUUCUUCUUGUACCAUCUAAAUCUAGGUUGCUACAAAAAGAGGAUGACAAAAUCAGUGAAGUCAAUCCCAGUUAAAAAACUGGGAGGAAAAGGGUUAAGAGCUCUCCAUUAUAAAAUAGAUUGCAUUAUGUUAAUUUUUAUACAUCAGUACAUUGCACACACCAACUAGCCCUCAAUGAAAUAUAUAAAUGUUGGAAAUUUUACUAAGCUGACUUUUUACAACUUUGGAAAAUUUUCAAGGGAAGUAAAAUUAUUUGUCAAACAUUUGCCUCUUACUCAGAACUUCAAAUAAAAUACACAUUUUCAAAAUGGAGCACCUUUUAUAUUUGAUAAGUAUUCAUUACAAACCUUAGAAUGCCAGUGACAGAGGGGGUUGUCCUUGGUUUAGCAAACGUUUAUCUUGCUUUUUUGAAAGGGUGAUUGUGAUUGCAGAACAGGAAGUGAGAAAACACUGCCAGCAGUGAUUGCUACUUGAGGUAGUUUUUUAUAACUACCAUUACCGCCCCCAUGAGAUUAUGUGGAAUUUCUUUUAUCUUUGGAAAAGGUUGAGGAGAAGAUAGUAAAAGAAUUAAGAAUUUAAAAUUACAGGGAAAAAUAUGUAUGUGAAAAGCAAUAAAUAUUUUGUUCACUUUGCUAUCAAGAUAUUCACUAUCAGAUAUUUAUUAUACAGCAGCAAUUUAUAUUUUUAAUCAUUACCCAUUAAUAAACUCAGUAAAAUAUUUUUGAAUCAGACGUUUGGGGUUUGUAUGUGCAUUAAAAUUGUCUUUUGUACUGUAAGUUACUGUUUAAUUUGAAUAUUUUAUCAGAACUGUCUUCCUGUGCCUUUAUAAUAUAAAGUUGUUUUUACAACUUUUAAUGAUCUUAAUAAAGAACACUUUAAGAAUCACA